UAUGAAGUUGCCUUUGCAGAAGUUUAAGAUGAGGUUGAGAAAAAUUAUCCUUUUAUGUUGAGACUAUAACUAACGUAAUGUCCAAUCUAUGUUAAGUGCUUGUUUUUGUCCCAAGGCUUGCUACAUAAAGAGGCCAAAAGGAAACUGGUAUUUUCUGUUUUUGAAAUAUGACUGAUGACGGUGAAAAAUUUGUAACGCAUUCCUAUCAUACAAAAAAAAACAGAGGAAAAGGAAAUCAUCACUCCAUGCAGAGAGAGGAAAGGUAGCUGGGGUGGGUUGUGUAAACAGUUGGUGUGCAUGUUUGGGUAGUGCCACUCGCUUCUGCGCCACCCGGUCUUACCGCAGUUAACCCUCCCUUCCCUCUACCCUUCACAGCCUUCCCCUUCCCCUGCCUUGCCCCGGUACCCCUUUCUCCGGUUCGUGUGCAGAAAGAAAGAACCAGUGGGUGGCCAGUCUCACGUGUGGCGGGGCACGAGUGAGGGUAUAGGAAACAAAAGAUGGCAGAACUAAAGGAAAGCUGAUCAACUCUUGAGUCCAGAAAAGUGGAAACCAAUUGUAAUAAGAAUUAAAAGUAAGUGAUAUAAGACUGAAGAGAUGAAAAGCUGGUAAUCGUUUGCAUGAACAUUUUAUCGUGGGGUGAAAAUUCACUAACAUUUGACGCAAGAACUGACCAUUUAUUACAUCUAUCGAUAAGAAGUGAAAGCAUUUGUACUAAACUGAAGACACAAAACCCAAUUAUGUGAGAUUUAGCGGAUAUAAAAUCGCCUGUUCACCGUUUAUAUCAUUAUAGUCUAAUUCUGAAAGAAGAUUCACUAGCAUGACGAAAGGUGAACUGACCACAUCCUGCAUCUACAAAGAAUAGAAAAAAAAAAACAGUAUUACCAAGAUUUCAAAAGCCAGUAGUAUAAAAUCAGCAGGGAAGAAAAUCACAGACUAUUUCGAGAUAAAAACUUAAGUCUCAUUAACAACCACGACGCAAUGAAGACUUUUGUGACCAUCCUGAAGGCGGUGGUGACUCGGGUCCUCUUCGCCACUCACGCUUUCAUCGCAGUAUGGAAGUUGGUGGACCUGAAGGAGGGACAAGCCGCCUACUGGUACCUGGUGGCGCCCCUCAUGUUGCAGGGCUUCGAGGGAAUCGUCUCCAUCUGCGCCAGGAACGGGGAGGAAAUGAAGUGGUUCUGCCCCUCAGUAUUCCUCUACUUGGUGUCUGUGGUUCCGCCCAUCUGGCUGCUGGAACUUGGACUAAACGAUCUCAGAGUCAACUCAACGCUUGAAAUGAAGACUUCACUUUCAGAUGUAGAUAAGCCCUGCACAGGCACGCGGCCAGUCUCGUACAUCCAGCAGCAGGUGAAGGUGUUGGAGCAGGUGUUGCUGGUGAUCCUCCUGAUGGGUCGCUGGCUGCUGCCCAAAGGCAAACUGACGCGGGAACAAUUGUCUCGCCUCCUGCUGGCUUACCUCGCCAUGGCUGCUGACGUCAUUGAGCUGUUCGAAUGCUUCCAGGAGGAAGCCGUCACCAGAAACGUGGAGCUGAUCUACGCUACUCUAGCCAUCUGGUCGUGGUCGCUGCUGCAGUUCACCCUCGUGCUGAGCGCUACACACUCCCCCAAGCUGCGACCUUCCAUCAACUUCCCACCGCCGCAGGAGGUCACCAUGCUGGGCUCUGACCUCACCACGGGGCCGCGUAUGAGGCGUGGCACUAAGACCACCUGCUCCUAUAACCUCAUUAUGUACCUCGAUAUGGACAUCCUGGCCAUCCUCACCACGGUACUCAUGCAGGACGGCCCUUUCUUCCUCCUCAGGAUGACACUCAUCUUUGGGUACAAGGUGGUCAGUCACCUCAACAUUUUCUUCACCUGCAAGAACACUCUGAUCGUGUCCCUGCAGCUGUACCGCCUCUUCGUGCUGUGCUCCCAGAAGCGCAUCAUCAACAGGAAAAGGAAAGAACUAUUGGACGAAGAAAACUCCCCAGUGGAAGGAAGCGAGAAAGAGGAAGACGAAAAAGAGGAAAUAGAGGAAGAAGUUUCCAGAGACAGCAGUACAGACUUGCCACCACCACCACUACCACCAUCAGGCCAGGACGCCGCCAUAGACGAGGCUCUGGAAGCGUCUCUGCUGCAAAUAAUAGAACAAGUAGGCGAGGAAAACAUCGUGAAAGAACUGGAAAAUUUGGUAUUGGCAAAUUCAGAGAAGGAAAUUCAAACUGACGCAACUUCCAGUCUGAAAAACGUCAGUGAGCUUAUGCCAGUGCAAAAGUCUAGAAACACGGAAUAUGAACGUAGCUUAGAGGAUACCUAUUACCUGCCGGACUCAGACCUGCAACACAGCUCAGGUGCGCCAGUGUUCCCCCGUCAGAGUACUAAGAAGCCACACACUGCAGGUAUAGACUGUGUGAGGGCCGAGGACUACCCAAGCUGUUGUGACGUGAGUGACUGCCCGAGUUUCAGUGACACAGACCAGACCAAUGACCGCUUCUUUGACCACCAGGGCGUCAGUGUGUCCUCCACCAGCCUAGCAGAGCCUUACAUCAAUGAAAUACAGCAAUCUCGGUGGCCGCGGCUUGCAGAACACUUCCUGCCUCAUUACCAGCACAGUCAGAGAGGCACAUCUGUCCCUUCCAGCCUACGUAGAGACCCCAGAAGGAAAGUCAGCCAGGCGCCCUCCACUCUUGCCUUCCCUCAUCAAAACUCCUUCAGCCCCGAGCCACACCGCCGCCUCAAACGCAGAGAAGGGAGCACACGAAGCCUCUGUCAUGUUCCAGGGGCAGCGUCAGUGUGGGACUUCCCUCAUCACCGCCACAGCUCCUACGUCCAGCGCUCAAGAUACACAGGGAUUUCUGAGUCUGAUGCGGAGACUCUGGAAACUAACGUGUGAGAGCGGCAGGCAAUGUACAACUCUCAUGGUUGUACAGACGGCUCCAGAUAUGAUGAAGAUGUUUUCCUGUUGAUAUUUCUAACAAAAGUGAUAUCUGGAAUCCUUUCUCAUAACAGAUUUCAUGGGCUAAAGAUUUC